GGAAAAUUGCACCUAAAUACACAAAGUUUGCCGAAAAUCCAUAUUUGACGCGAAGUUACGAUUUUACAUUUUAAUACACCAAUUUAAUAACUUGUUCAAUUUUGACACAAUUUUCAUUUCACCCAAAUUAAAAUCCGACGUGGCGCCUAUGUGUCUGGCCGGCACACGCCAUUCCGUUCGCCGGACUAAACACAAAACGACGGCGUUUUUUCAUAAGAAAAACUACGUCGUUUAAGUAGUCUUCAUUAUUUAAUCCCAAUCUUCUGAACCUAAUUCCAAAUCAUCCUCCCCAAAUUGAAAUUUCGAACCCUACUUUCAUCCUCGUUCAAACCACGGGCGAUUGAGACUUUCAAUCGCAGAAUUGGAGUGGUGUAAUCAUGUCGCGCUCUUCGUCGUGGUCAAGUGUGCAAGAGGAUGCUCUCAUUACAUGCCGUUGCAAAAUACCGGCGAAGGUGGAGACGUCUAGAACUUCAAAAAAUCCUGGUCGGAAGUUCUAUUGCUGUCAGUAUGGAGACUGUCAAUUCUUUCUCUGGGUGGAUGCAGUACAGAAUGCUUUGAAUGUUGUUUCGAAUGUACGUUUUGCUGAAUUUGCUGACAUGUGCUUAGCAAGAGUGGCCGAGCUCGAAGAGAAUUUUAGUGUAUUGGAGAACAAGAUGAAAGAGUUGGAAGAUAUGAAGAUUUCUUGUUUGAAGAAGCUGUUUUGGAUGCGUUUGUUGGUUGUAGUUCUUAUCACUUUGAUCUUUAGAUCACUAUUGUAAUCUUGUUAGUUGCAUUGUUAGGUGCUAACCUUUUGUAAGAUUUCUGACUUUGUUCAUGGUAUGAAAUGAAUGGCAUAUUUUGAUCCA